AUGUCAUUCACUAGACUAUUGGUACUAGUUCAACUGUUAUGUCUAGUUCAUGCAUCAACAGUGUUGAUCGACCCAGACAACGCCUAUAUACAGUACAAAGGAAGGGUUGCUGCAAACGCAGAUACAAAUGGUGCAUACAACUUUGAUUGGCCUGGAGUUGAGAUAAUCAUUAAAGUCACAGGCACUUCAACCAUACAAGGAUUGGUUGACUCCAACGUUGUUCAAGCCAGUGGUCUACCAUUGUUCCUUGGAAACAUUACAAUAUUCAAUGUAUUUGUUAAUGGUACACUUCAAUCAGUGUUGAAUGUUACAUCAGAGACCAAACAGACUUAUAAUCUGUUUGAGGAUGGGCUUCUGAAUCCAAGCGAGACAUGUGAAGUCAGAUUGACAAAGAGGACAGAGGCUUGUCUUGGUGUAGUAGGCUUCUAUGGAUUCAUUGUGGACCAUACUGCAACAUUAGUUCCACCUACCGAGCCCCCUAGUCGACGACUUGAAUUCCUUGGCGACAGUAUCACAUGUGGUUAUGGCAUUAUAGGAAUGUCUCCAUGUCCCUUCACCCCCGAGACAGAGAACAACUACUUGACUUAUGGGCAACUAAUUGCCAGAGAGUUGGAAGCUGAUGUAAACAUUGAGGCAUGGUCUGGAAUUGGAUUGGUCAGGAACUAUGGAGAACCAAAUAUAUCAUCUGUCUUAGCCUUUCCAGAUGUGUUUCCAAGGACUUUGGCAACCAACCCUUCAUUGUUGUGGGACUUUGAUUCUUACCAACCGAAUGCUGUUGUAAUCAAUCUUGGCACCAAUGACUUUGACUCGCAACCCAAUCCACCAGCAGACCUGUUUGAACAAACAUACCUCCAACUAAUCAAGACAUUGAACACAGUCUACCCAAACCAACCAAAGAUAUUCCUGGUUUGUGGACCAAUGAUCAGUGGCGCAUGCUGUGAUUAUGUAAAGUCUGUUGCAGAGUCCAGUGAUCAGCUUACCUAUAUCGACCUUCAGAACAUCUUGGAGCCAAGCGACAUUGGCUGUCAAGGACAUCCAAACAUUUCCGGACACAUCAAGAUGUCCAACAUCUCCUUGCCAAUCAUACAAAAGGUAAUGGGAUGGUAA